AUGAGCGAAGACCCUUGGGACACUGAAUGGUUUCCAUCUGAAGAGGAAAACGCCGAUUCUGAAGAACGCAACUCGUUGAAGAGGCAACGUAGGAAUGGAAACAAGUCGCGUUCUGCUCGAGAGGCUUCCGGGCAGCAGCAGACCGGCAACAAAUUUCCGCAGCUGGCGUUAACCUACGAACCGAUUCUACGAAGUGAGCAACCGCGUGAUCCUCCCGCUGGACCUUCGCGAAUUCGUCCUACCGUCAUGGCGGAAUCCACUGGUGCGACUCCCAUCCAGGAUCCUUUCAAGGGAUGGCUUGCGGAAGCAGUGAGAGAUUUCCGGGACGAUUUCAAGAAGCUGCUUAAGGCGAAAAGCAAGCUUAAGAAGAUGAUGGAACUCGAUGCUGAAGGCACGAUUCUGCAUAGCAUCCGUACUAAAGCUGUCGAUUUCCAGACUAACAUUGACUCUGUCAGGGAGAAAGCUAAGGCGUCCGUUGCUGAAAUCCAUCUGCAGAAUCAGAAGCGGAUCCAGGCAGAGUUUAUCGCCUCGAAAGCACUGGAGGUUGAGGAGAUCGCGAAGGCGGCUAACUCGCGUAUCACUGCUCUGGCGACAAGGAUGGAGGAUUACAUACAGGGGCUGAGUGCGGAUCCGGACCUGGUGGUGUCUGACGCUGCCAAGGAGAAGUUUCGUCUACUCAAAGGAUUCUGCAUAGAGAAAGCCCAAGCCGACAUCGCUGCUGCCAAGGAUGAACUUACCAUCCGGGAGCUGGAUAGACAACGCAAGAAAGCCGCCGAGGAUUUGAAGAAAGCUGCUGCGUCUGAGGAGGUGCAGGAGAUGGAGCUAGAACCUGCGUUAGAGGAGAUUCUCGCGAAGCAGGUUAAGAAGAUUGAAGACAAGCUUCGCAAGGAAAUUACUGCGAAGGUUGAGGCCAGUCUUACGAAGAAACUGCAGAAGAAUCUCUCUCUUAAGGAACAAGACCCUGCGCAGGCCACUGCUGCCAAUCCGAAGCAGAAGAAUACGGCGGGAAAGCAGAAAAGUCAGGAGAAUGGCAACGCUGCACCUGCUGGAUCGAAGCCGAGGAGGAAGCGGGGUGGGAAGAAAAAGAAUCAGAAGCAGAAUUCCGGCACCGACAAAGACAAGCAGGCGGGAGGCCCUGUCAAAUCUGAUGCGGCCAAGGGACCAAAAAACGACGGAGGCGGCCCCGAAAAAGGGCCGCGCAAGAAGAACUAA